AUGGCUGAUCAUAAACCAUCACAGAACUGGUCACAAUUUGAUGACUAUGAAUCGUUCAUUCAAGAAGAAAACUUGUUCUCAUUACUCAAUCAGUCACUCCCGUUCGAUUACAGUUCGUUCACUGACAACCCUUUUAGUGAUAUUCAAACCCAUUCUUGGUUUUCUUUCCAAGACAUCAUUAAUGUUGAUCCUAUCUCUACUCGUUUCUCGGCUGGGGAUCAUAUGUUUACGGAUUCAGUUGAUAUUGAAGCAAUUUCUGCUUUUUCUCAAGAUGUGUUGAGUGGAUCAUGGAAUGCAAUUACUGGUAAUUUCAAUAAUCAUUUUGAACCAAUUAGAGAUGUAUCAAGCAUAGGGAUUCCAAACAUGGAGAUGAUAUUGCAUGAGAGUAACAACACAAUGAAAGAGACAAUAAGCCAUAAGAGGUGGGAGAGAAAAGAUGGGGUACUCGUCAAGAGUUUGUCAAGGGAAGCAAUCAAACAAUACUUCUACAUGCCACUGACUAAAGCAGCCAAAGAGCUUAACGUUGGAUUAACCCUUUUGAAGAAAAAAAGUCGUGAGUUGGGUAUUUCUCGUUGGCCUCACCGAAAGCUUAUGAGCAUUCAGGGCGUAAUUACUAACCUCCUGGAUGACUUAGGGAAGACAAAUGAUGAAAUGAUCAGGAAAAAGCUGAGGAACGCUUUGGAGAUUUUGGAAAGGGAGAAGAAUAUGAUUGAGGAGGAUCCUAAUCUGGAAUUUGGGGAAGAGACUAAGAGGUUAAGACAGGCUUGCUUUAAAGCUAAUCACAAACGAAGACGGCUUUUGUCUAUUUCUAACACAUCUUUUGUUUCGUGA